GCUUGCUCAGACUAACGCAGCUCCAACAUGGCGGCGUUCUGAGUUUUGGAGGAGGGAACUGGGCGUAAAUAAACACGCUUUAGACUUUUUAAAAACUUUCGGUAACAACACUCGUAUUUUUGUGUCUGUGACAUAUUGUACCAAGGAAAGAAAAUGUCAACUGACGGAAACAAGAAACAAUUCUGGAAAAGAAAUACAGCUAAGGUCCCUGGCAGCAUACAACAUGUGUAUGGUGCUCAACAUCCUCCUUUCGACCCUCUUCUGCAUGCUAAUCUAAUCAAAGCGGGCAACAAACCCCAGAUGACACCGGGAGGGAAGCCAAAGAAAGCCACCACCUUCCAGGAGUUUGAGAGCAUCACCAGCGAUGCCUGGGAAGUGGGGGACGACGACGACGAGCUGCUCGCCAUGGCCGCACAGAACCUCAACACCGAGGUCGUCAUGGAAACCGCCAACAAGGUGAUCGAGAACCACAGCAAGCAGCAGGAGAAGCAGAGACAGGACGAUGCCGAUGCAUCAGAACUGGAGGACCGAGAGGAAGAGGCGCAUGAGGAAGAGGUGGAAGAGCAGUGGGAGGAAGGGGAGGAAUUGACCCCUGAGGUGUCGUUUGCUUGUGAGCCUAGCCCUCUCAGUGAUGGCAGACUAGUGAAGUCACUGAGUGAGGCCCCCAUCGGAUCACCUAAGGAUGCGUCGCUCCACAGACAGCAGUCCCUGCCCCACCGGCCCACCAUCCCCAUGGUGGCUCGUAUAGCUGACCAGAACACCUCCGGGACCCCAGCCAUGACUGAGAGAGAGGCAUCCCGCCUGGACAAGUUUAAACAGGUCCUGGCUGGACCCAACACUGACCUUGAGGAAUUACGAAAGUUGAGCUGGUCUGGAAUUCCGCGCCAGGUUCGUCCAAUCACGUGGAAGCUCCUUUCGGGUUACCUUCCUGCCAACACAGAGAGGAGAGAGAGCACGCUACAGAGGAAGAGACAGGAAUACUUCGGUUUCAUAGAACAGUACUACGACUCGCGCAACGACGAGCACCACCAAGACACGUACAGACAGAUUCGUAUAGACAUCCCUCGGAUGAGUCCAGAGUGUCUAAUGCUGCAGCCUAUGGUGACCGAGAUCCACAUUGACAUACCGAGAACUAAUCCCCUUAUUCCUCUCUUUCAACAAGCUUCUGUCCAAGAGAUCUUUGAGCGUAUCCUGUUCAUCUGGGCGAUCCGCCACCCGGCCAGCGGCUACGUGCAGGGCAUCAACGACCUCGUCACGCCUUUCUUCGUUGUCUACGUCUUUGAGUACAUCAAGGAGGAGGUGGAGAACUUUGACGUGUCCAGCUUGCAGGAGGCGGCUUUGCGAAACAUCGAGGCUGACAGUUUCUGGUGCAUGAGCAAAUUGUUGGACGGCAUUCAGGACAACUACACAUUUGCCCAGCCGGGGAUCCAAAGGAAAGUCAAGGCUCUGGAGGAGUUGGUCAGCAGGAUUGAUGAAACGGUGCACGUCCACAUGCAGCAGUAUGAAGUGGAGUAUCUCCAGUUUGCCUUCCGUUGGAUGAACAACCUGCUGAUGAGAGAGCUGCCGUUACGCUGCACGAUACGCCUCUGGGACACCUACCAGGCUGAACCUGAGGGAUUCUCUCACUUCCAUCUCUACGUGUGUGCUGCUUUCCUGGUACGAUGGAGGAAAGAGAUUCUGGACGAGAGAGAUUUCCAGGGUCUGAUGAUUCUGCUGCAGAACCUACCCACCAUGCACUGGGGCAACGAGGAGGUCAGCGUGCUCCUGGCUGAGGCCUACAGGCUGAAGUUUGCCUUCGCUGACGCCCCCAACCACUACAAGAGAUGAGUGUGGGCCCCUGACAGCUAGCUACUUGAACCCCUGACAGAGGCCCCCUGGCGGACAGAUGGAUGGAUGGAACCCCUCCUUGACUUUCUUGUCCCUCUGCAGUCCACAACCGUUGCUACUCGUAGAUGAAAACAAAAACGUUUGCGUCACAAGUGGCGCCCUAUUCUCUACAAAAUGCAUUAUUUUUGACCAGAGCCCCAAGUAGAGCACUAUGUAGGGAAUAGGGAGCCAUUUGGGAAGCCAUUGCUUCUUGGUAUGUGUGUACCGUUCUAACCGACUGUUCUUCUUGACUCCUCUUCUCUUUGUUCUUAACCAUGAAAUUACAUUUGUGCAACACUCCAACAACAUCAAUGCCUGUCCAAUCGAAGUAGACCCCAACCAAAACAGACCUCCAGUCAGCGUGGUGGUGGAGAUCUAGCUGCAGACCCAUGGAUGACUGUUCUAGACUGUCCUGUACUGUUUGUCCCAAGGAACUCAGACCUUCUCCUAGAGGCCCAGUCACAUUGAGUGGAUCUCCACAGCAGGCGCAACAUGUCCCGAGACCUAAUGAAUGAAUUGUCUGAACGAACCGUGUGUGGGGGGGGGGGGGGGCAGAGAGAGGUCUUUUGUACUUGGUUGAUAUGUCACUUUUAAUUCCUAAGGAAACUGAGGACACAUGGACACAUGUCGUCAUUCUAGUCAUUCCUAGCUGGCAUCGAGCUCUUCUUUCGUGUCCGUGCUUUCAGUUCAAAACAAGCAGUCAAUCCCCCAGAGACAAGUAGGUUUUUGUUCAAAACAAAAACACAUUCACUUAAAAGUGAAUAAUUAGAUCAGGAAGUAUCUUAUUGUUAUGAAUGAUUUCGUUCUGACUCUGACAUGCGCCGCAGGGCUGGAUCUAAUGAUGUGUCUAACAACACUCUCUGAACUAUAUUAUGUAAGAUAUGGAAUAUUUGCCGGUUGGCUGAGGGAGAGACGAGUGUCGCGUGACUCUGCCUGACGUACGAUCAUCUCUGAACCUAGGACUCACUACCUAAUUGGUACAGCACUGUGCAGUGGUGAGCAGUCACCUUUUAGGCCAGGAGAUUUCCUAGUGUGGUCACAUGGCCAGAAAACUCGUACCCGUAUACGGGUUGGUAAUGGCAGAUUUGGGCACUGAUAAACAACUCAGUUGUAAUGCAGUGGCUGUGCAGUAACAUGUCAGCACUGUAUGGGUUUGGACUGACAGACAUUCUGAACUUGAGCACCUCGCGCGACCUUGUUGUGAAUGUGUUUUCAGUCAAUUUACCUGGUAAAAUAAAAACCAAAAAAUAUAUAAUUUUUUUUUUUUGUCUUGAGUGAGGGAAUUGCUGUACAUUUUGAAAGAUGAGAAAUAUCGCUUUAAUGUCAUAAUCUUGCCAAACACCCGUGAGUCCAAAUGUGCACUUCACACUUCCAUAUCAUAAAACUAAUGUCAUACACAGUGUCAACAUUUCUGAUCACUAUGUUUGAUAUACAGUUACAAGAUGAUACACGGGGUUGUUCUGAACAAAAUGAGCCUAAUAUUUGUCUGUUGUGAAGAAAAUUUGCCGCGGCUAACGCACCUGAAUGCGUUCUAUGUGCACUAGGAUUAUACAUUGCAUUCUGAAAGCAAGUAACAUCGUAUUUUAUAACUUAGCUAGUCAUUUUGGCAAUAGAACAAGCUUUCAAAUGACGCCCACCUGACCCAGAUUGCAAUUUAUAAAUGGAGUGUUUUUGGAUUGCGUUAACAAUAGUAAUUGUGUGAAGAUGGGGAUGCAGGGUUGUGUUCCAAACAAACCAAAUACAAGUGUUAUUUGUGCUAGUUUCGCAACGGCACAGCUAGGAGAGCUCAUGGAAGGCACCUUAUAGUUGAAGACUCUUCUUUGAGUCAUUAAAGUGCUUUGAAAUAACCUAGGAACUAUGCACACUUUGGAGAGGUACAUGGCCACAAGGAGACACCAGUUAGUCCUCUCACUCAAACCCUUGUCAUUUUUUUUGUUUUGUGUUGCACCUUCCACACAUUUUCCAGGAACGUACUUAUGUUACUGAAUAUAUCCAGAGUAUUUUCCGGAUUUUAUCAACAAAUGCAGCGAAAGUACAGUAAAUGUAGAAUGCACGUCAAAUCAAGUGUAAUCAUUUUCCCAUAAUCUCCUGUUCCCUUUCAACUGCUACCAUGGUUAUGCAUAUGCUUUUCAUAUUUCUUCUCUAAGAAACAUUUCACGUUAGCCGUAUCCAAUAUAGUCAAAUUUCCAUGCGUGUACAAAGGGUUAAAAAAUACUCCUCAAAACCAUGAAGUAGGACCAUGAGUUUUGUGGUCAGAAAAAACUUCUGGACUACGACAAUUUGUAACUGAUCAUAGCCCAGAACUAGGGCCCAUUCAGUCUAUUCAUGAACACUGACUGGGGAUGUUAGGGUGGAAUAUGUUAACGCUCUCCAUUUGCCUUCAUUUGACUGCUUAGGGUUUAUAUUUGUUGUACCAAACACAACUCUGGACUCAACCCAGUUCCACUCCUAUUUUUCAUUGUUCCCCUCUAAUCAGGGACUGAUUUAAUCCUGGGACAACAGGUGGGUGCAAUUAAUUAUCAGGUAGAACAGAAAACCAACAGGCUCCGGCCCGGGUGGGUUAAGAGUUGUUAUACCCCUUGUGUAGAGGGUGGAUAUACGAUGUAAAUUAGACGUUGAAAUAAUAUUAUGUACCACUUUUAUCGUCAAAAACAUCCUGCCAGGUAACGAUGAAGACCAAUAAUUGUUGCAUGAACUCCUCAAUGGUGUGUGUUGGGAGUGUAUGUAUAGAUGGGGCAGCUUAAUACUCUGUAUUUGAACCUCCUCAACUUCUUUUGAUCAUGUCGGUAAUGUUUUUGCGCUCCAUGUCAGCUCCAGGCCCAAUUUCCUAUUCUCACAUUGAUUAGAAACUUUUUUUAAACUGCACUUGAUAAAAGUCAAUUUUCUUCCCUUUUUUGUACGAAAUAUAUUAUUUGUAAUCGGCUUUAAAAGAAACAAAUGUCUCUCUCUCCCUUUUUUUUAUAUAUACUGUUUACAUGAGCCUAUUAAGUUGUGCCUAAUGUAGAGAUAGCAGAUGAUCAUCAUAGAUAUUUAUUUUACCUUAAUUUAAGCUCUGCAUAUGAAACGAGAACGUUUAUUCAGUUGAUGCACUCACACUCUGUGUUUGCUAAGCCAUGACAGUAUUUGCAUCCAAAAUGGCACCCUAUUCCAUAUGUAGUGCACUACUUUCGACCAGAUCCCUAUGGGCCCUGGUCAAAGUAGUGCCCGAUAUAGGGAAUAGGGUGCCAUUUGGGACGCAACCGAUGAGUCCACAGAAUCACAUUAGUAAGUCUAGCAGCUGCCUUCACUGGUGUCCUUAUGUGUUUCAACUUGGUUUGAUGUACCGAACAACCCUUACACACACCUUCGGUAAAAGUCAAAAGCCCCUGGUUGCCAUGGUUACGGUGGUGACCAGGUGUCCGUCCGCUGGCUGGAGGCCUCGGACACACACACACACACACUGGACGUUGCAGUCAGCAUCUCAUGGGGCAUGACCUAACAUGUUUGGUCUGCCUCCUAAAGCCUUUUUUGGGGGGGUUGUAUUUUACUGUUGCUCGGUUUCUUUUCAGAGAUGUUCAAAUGUUUCUGACCAAACUAAGACUGGUCCUCUUUCCCUUCUGACUUCUGACUAAGACAUGUGAAAGUGUGGAUCUCAUACAGUGGAGAGUGAUCGUGAUUUUCUUUUCUUUUUUUAAAUACGUGUACAGAGAAUGAAUUUUGAAACAAAGAUCUGUAAAUAGAAAAGUGUAAAUAAAUGCUAUAUAUGACCAAA